AAUAAUAUUAGAAUUUUGGAUUUUCCGUAAUGUCGUGGUCGUCGUCGUCGUGUUUCGGAUUACUUGCUGCUACUUUCUUGGGGCUGCUUUCGCUGGCAGCAUUGACCCAAUGCGCCUCCAUUAGCACCCACAUUGUGGGUGGCACUGAAGCGGAUAUUGUCAAUUAUCCGUACCAGGUAUCGGUCCGAUUGGAGUCAUACAUGUUGCUGCACAUUUGUGGUGGCAGCAUCUAUGCACCUCGUGUGGUGUUGACUGCUGCCCACUGCAUUAAAGGACGCUUCGCCUCCUACAUACGUAUUGUGGCGGGGCAGAAUUCGAUAGCCGAUCUGGAUGAGCAGGGAGUUAAGGUCAGCAAGCUGAUUUAUCACAGUGGCUAUAAUAAGAAGACGCAUGUGAAUGAUGUGGGUAUGAUCAUAACCACUGUACCAUUGGCUUACUCCAAUCUGGUCCAGCCUAUUCCUUUGGCUGUGGACUCACCCAGCCCGGGCACUCAUGCCAUAGUCAGCGGCUGGGGCAAGCGCACCGAGGCGGAUGAAGCACUACCAGCCAUGCUGCGUGCGGUGGAGGUCGAGAUUAUGGACAGAAACACCUGUGGCUCUCAGUAUUCGACCAAGGAUUACAAAAUAACGGAUGAAAUGUUGUGCGCAGGUGUUGAGCAGGGAGGCAAAGAUGCCUGCAGUGGUGAUUCUGGAGGGCCAUUGACUGUCGAUGGAGUCUUGGUGGGCAUUGUGUCCUGGGGAGUGGGUUGUGCUCGCGAAGGCUUCCCUGGAGUUUACACUAGCGUGAAACACCACACAGCUUGGAUUGAGGAACAUGCUGCUCCAUACUUGUAAACUGCGAAUUGUUUUCGUAAUAACACAACUAUAAAGUGAAAAAAUUAAGCGAACAAAUUAACAUUGUAUAUCUACCUUUAGUGGUUUUUAUAUUUAAAGAAACUGAACAUUAAAAAUGUAUUUUAAAUCUUA